CGUAGGCGCAGAUCGUUGUAUUGGACCAAUAGGGAGUUUUCUUUCCCAAGCAAAUGAUUGGUUUAUUCCUCUAAAGCAGACGCAGCCGACACUGGGAAUGCUCUAUGAAAGGCGCAGUCCACCAAGCGUUUCAUCAGACCAACAGACUGACAGCCAGCAGACCAGCAACUUGCCAGAAAUUCAUCAACCGUAGAACUAUCGUCUGAAGAUGAAGAUGACUAGACCCAUGCUCGUUUGUGUUGUUUUGAUGAUGGUGACACUUUGUGCAGUCGGCGGUGCUCCAAUGGGCGAUAAACCACCGGUGUGCGGGAAUAAUACACUAUGCUGUAGGGUGGACAAAGAGAACGUGACUCGCUGCAAGAAUAUUCCCAGUGAAAAGGGUCAAGGUAUAUUAGCUUGUCCUUGGCCUUGGUCUUGUAUUUGUGAGGAGGGAUACGUGUUGGACCCGUAUGUUGAGGAUUCCGAAACUUGUGUUCCAGAGGUACCGGGAUGUCCUGAAAUUACAGAACAGUGCCCGUACAUUCAGCAAGUCGUGUGUGACGGCACAAAUUACUCGUUUUCCGGUAGCUAUCAAUACGUGGUAGAGGAUCUGGCAUCGCUGCGAUACUCCAUCACUUACUAUGGCAAUAGGAACAUCGUUGUAUCCACUUGCAACGCCGCCGACUACGACACACAGCUGGCUAUUUUUGACUGUGCUGCGUUAGCCUAUGUUGAACCAGCUGCGAAUGGGACAUGCGGCAUUGCCGAGGAGUACAGUUUGUACGACAAUGACGACGGUAGGGGGUGCGGCCUCACCUCUCUACUCCAGAUCCCUGAAGGCGAGCUAGCCAGUGGGACGUACAUAAUAGGUGUGUUCGGGUAUCGUAGCAAAGAAGGGAACUUUAUAGUCACUAUCUCUUGUUAGAGAUGCCAUGGCCCAGCGAAAUGAAACUGAGAGUGACUUGCUCGAGACUAGCAAAGUUGCUUAAGACUCCAGUUUUAUGGCCAGGUUUAUUCUAGAAUAUAUUAAGCUCAUAACCCAACACAGAUUUAUCAACUGCAAGAAAAUAAAAUGAUCAAGUUGAGAUGACGAUUGUAUCUCUU